AUGCCCACUCAAUACCUAUUUGUUUUCGCCCAGGCGCACGACGAAUUUCGUGUGCCAGAGCUGCUCUCUAUUUCUGAGCUCUAUGGUUACAAAAUGACGAUCCCACACGACUUCGAUAUGACUCGGCCUUUUGCCGUCUUGGAACUUGAAGACGAGGAACAAGCAAGAUUGCUUGCGCGGAGGUGUAUACUGAUCAAAUCGGUGUACGAGUUCUGCGCAAGAGGGCGAACAUAUGCAAAACUUCACGAACAAAACCGCGCGGCCCGUGCAAAGUGGGAGCGAUUCAUUCCUGAGACAUCUUUCAAGUUUUGUGUGCUGGGGUACAAUCAGUCGAUACCUCAGCGCAGACAACGAGAAGUGAUCGAAAGCUUCUCGUAUAUGGACUUCAGGGGUAAAAUAGACAUGAAGAACCCGGAGAUUAUAAUGGGGUGCUUUGAAGAGUACUCCGAUACUCACGGGACAACACGGCAUAAACAUGAAGGAGACGGGAAAUUUCGAGAGGUGUUUUUUGGCAGGUUGAUAGAAGAGGGUUCUGCCCGUGCCCUUGUCAAAAAAUUUGAUGUGAAAAAAAGAGUCUACUUUGGAAAUACAAGCAUGGAGGCUGAAAUCUCUCUGCUCAUGGCUAACCAAACGUUGGCGGCACCCGGAAAGCUGAUCUACGACCCAUUCGUGGGUACGGGGAGCAUGGCAUAUACAACAGCACAUUUUGGUGCCCUCUUCUUCGGUUCAGAUAUUGAUGGCAGGCAGAUGCGGGGCAAAGAAAAGCAGCCGGGCAUCAUACGUGCCUCUGGUCAGUAUGGUGUAGACAAACGAAUUAUUGAUCUAUGCACAUUCGACGUGACUCGGAAUCCAUGGCGAUGUGGCGGCUUCUUCGAUGCAAUCAUCACCGAUCCACCUUAUGGUGUCCGAGCGGGAGCCAAACGACUUGGACGCAAGAAGGAGCGGACUGCGUCCACAAAACCUCAGGGGCUGAUAGCCCCUCUCCCAGGUGACCAGCCUUAUGUUCCGCCUACAAAACCUUACGAGCUCUCUGCACUCGCAACAGAUCUUGUUCUGCUCGCUCGAUACCUCCUCAAGCCGCAAGGCCGUCUCGUAUUCUUUCUACCCACAGUAACAGACGAGUAUCAGGCGAUAGACGUCCAGAGCAUGUUAUGCGAAGGCAUGGAAGUGAUUGCAAAUUCUUUACAAGACUUUGGAGCUUGGGGACGGCGUCUCGUCACAAUACGAAAAACUACCACACAUAUCUACCCCCCUCCCCGAUUUGAUUCUAGACCUGAAGAACUAGACCAACCGGCCGAAAACUUGCACAUUCCUGCACACAAAGAUUUUCGCGAGAAAUACUUCCAAGGCUUCAAAAAAGAUACGGACUCCGAUGGGACGAAGGAUGGCGAGGACCGGGGAUAA